AUGGCGCCCUGGACAAGUGCUGAGGCCCCACUUCAAUCUGGGCUCUGUUUGGUGGUUGCAUGCCAUGAUGCCCACCCAAUACUAGCUCUAACACUCUUUGCCAGUGUGCUGGUGGCUCGGCUUGAAGCUGCUAAACUCACCGUGGGCUUCCAAGCUCCCUGGGACAUCUCCCAUCCAUUCAGCGUGCAAAGGCUGGGUGCGGGCCUCCAGGUUGCCAUGGACAAGAUCAACUCGGACCUUGGAAACUUCAGCUGGGAGUUCACUUAUACCAACUCAACCUGCAACCCCAAGGAGUGUCUUGCUAUUUUCACCAACCAGGUCCAGAGGGAACAGAUUUCUGCCCUGUUUGGACCAGCAUGCCCAGAAGCACCAGAGGUUAUUGGCUUGCUGGCUUCUGAGUGGAAUAUCCCCAUGUUUGACUUUGUUGGACAAACAGAAAAACUGAAGAACAGCUUCUUGUAUGACACCUGUGUGAAACUUGUGCCACCCAUGCGUGAACUUGGUGACGUGCUCCGGAAAAGUCUCCAGUACCUAGGCUGGAAACACAUUGGGAUGUUCGGAGGUCACUCUGGGACUUCCUCCUGGGAUGGAGUGGAUGAGUUGUGGAGGGUUGUAGAGAAUGAGCUCAAACCCCAUUUCACCAUCACUGCCAGGGUCAGAUACACCAACAACGAUCCAGCCCUCCUGCAGGAGAAUCUCAGGAACAUGUCAGCAACUGCCAGGGUUAUCAUCUUGAUCUGCAGCUCAGAGGAUGCAAAAAUUAUUCUGCUGGCUGCAGAGAACCUAGGACUCCAUGCAGGGGAUUUUGUCUUCAUCAUUUUACAGCAGUUAGAGGACAGUUUUUGGAAGGAGGUAUUAACCAACCAGAAGAGGGGGCAUUUCCCUACCAUCUACGAGUCUGUGCUUCUCAUUGCCCUCAGCUCCUAUGGAGAAGGUCCUGGAGACGAAGGCUUCCGACAAGAAGUCUACCAAAGGCUGAGGGGGCCGCCCUUCCACAGCUCCAUCUCCGCAGAGGAGCAGGUGAGCCCUUACGCAGCCUACCUUCACGACUCGGCCCUGCUCUAUGCUCAGACAGUGAAGUUCAUGGUAAAGGCUGGGAGAGAUUUCCGGGAUGGGCGGCAGCUGGUCAGCACUCUGAAAGGUGUUAACUGGACUGCACUGCAGGGAAUCACCGGCCCAGUGUUUGUGGACUCCCAUGGAGAAAGGUGUAUGGAUUACUCAGUCUAUGCUCUGCAGAAAUCCAGAAACUGGUCCGUCUUCCUUCCUGUCCUUUACUAUGACAGCUCUCAGAAAGUAAUCAGACCCAUGAGGAAUUUCUCCACUAUUACUUGGCCCCAUGGCUCCCUUUUUGCAGACAGACCUGGCUGUGGAUUUUACAAUGAGCUCUGUGAAAGUGAGCUCGCUUUUACAGGUGUGACUGCUGUGAUUCUCCCGAUGACCCUCCUGAUCACUGUCUUGGGAACUGUCAUCAUAGGGCUGAUUUUAAGGAUGCAGAAGGGAAAACUGCAGAGGCAAAAUAGAGACAUGUGGUGGCAGAUCAAUUAUAAUGACAUCACCAUUCUGUCCCAGGACAAGCCACGGAGAGGCACACCUGCGUCAAGAGGAAACAGCCCCAACGCGUCUAGUGUGAUGGUUUCUGGGGACUUCAGCUCCUUUGUCAAGAGCCAGCAGGGGGAAGGGCUCUUUCAUGCCCCGGUGGGGCUUUACGAGGGAAACCAUGUGGCCAUCUGCUAUGUCGGUGACCAAGCAGAAGCCUGGAUCAGGAAGCCAUCUGUGCUGCAGGAAAUCCGGCUGGUAUACGAAUUAAGACACAAAAAUAUUGUUCCCUUCUUUGGUGUUUGCACAGAACCACCCAACAUCUGCAUUAUCACUCAGUAUUGUAAAAAAGGAAGUCUUAAGGAUGUUUUGAAAAAUUCCGAUACUGAAAUGGACUGGAUAUUCAAGCUCUCAUUUGCGUAUGACAUAGUCAAUGGCAUGCUGUUUCUUCACAGGAGCCCACUGAAGUCCCAUGGCAACCUGAAGCCUUCCAACUGCCUGGUGGAUGGUCGGUUGCAGGUGAAGCUGUCAGGGUUUGGGCUGUGGGAACUCAAGUACGGCCGGACAUACAGAACCUAUAAUGAGAAAGCAAUGGACCACUCAGAGCUCUACUGGACGGCCCCGGAGCUGCUGCGGCUCCCAGGGGCGCCCCGCUCAGGCUCCCCGGAGGGAGACGUUUACAGCUUCGCCAUUCUGAUGAGGGGGCUGGUCCACCAGCACGACCAUGGGCCCUUUGACGACCGCGACCAGACGCCAGAAGAAAUCAUCAGCCGAAUCAGAGAGCCCAGGACUUCGGCUCCCCUCCGACCUUCACUGUCGGAGGAGAAGGUCAGUGAGAGGAUCGCAGUCCUGGUGAGGGCGUGUUGGGAUGAAUCUCCCGAGAAAAGGCCCACGUUCCGGUCCAUCAAGAAGAUUCUACGAGAAGCCAGCCCCAAAGGCCACGUGAGCAUACUGGACAGUAUGGCGAGCAAGCUGGAGGCCUACACCGGUCACCUGGAGGAGGUGGUGGAGGAGAGGACCAGCCAGCUGGUGGCAGAGAAGAGGAGGGUGGACAGGCUCCUGUCCACAAUGCUGCCCAGUUUCAUCGGAGAGCAGCUCAUAGCUGGGAGGUCCGUGGAACCAGAACAUUUUGAGUCGGUGACCAUCUUUUUCUCUGACAUCGUGGGAUUCACAAAACUCUGCUCUCUCAGCUCCCCUUUGCAAGUUGUGAAGCUCCUCAAUGACCUCUACAGUUUAUUUGAUCACAUCCUUGAAACCUACGACGCCUAUAAGGUUGAAACCAUUGGCGAUGCCUACAUGGUGGCUAGUGGACUUCCCAUCCGCAAUGGAACUCAGCACGUGGCCGAGAUUGCCACCAUGUCCUUGCACUUCCUCAGUGCCACCGUCCACUUCCAGAUUGGGCACAUGCCUCAAGAGAAGCUCAAGCUCCGCAUUGGCCUCCACACAGGCCCCGUGGUGGCUGGUGUGGUGGGAACCGCGAUGCCCAGGUACUGCCUGUUUGGAGACACUGUGAACAUGGCAUCCAGGAUGGAAAGCAGCAGCCUGCCUCUCCGGAUUCACGUCUCCCAGAAUACUGCAGGCAUCUUGCUGGCAUUGGGAGGGUACAAUCUGCAAAAGAGAGGCACUAUCGCAGUCAAGGGCAAAGGAGAACAAACAACUUUCUGGCUGAAAGGCAAAGAAGGCUUCACUAUCCCUCUCCCCGAAUUUCCUGAGGAGGAGGCUGAAGUCCCAGGGAUCUUCUGAGAUGGCCUCCCAUGUGGCUGCUCUGGAAUAUGGCAGAGAAACUGGAAUGAUGUAUC